AGUAGCCUUGGUUUUGUCAAGUCCCAAGUUCAUUUUAAAUAAACUAAAGGAUACCAUGACCAAUACGGAUUUAAAGGUCCUGGAGCUAUUGUUCCAGCGUCCCCUGGAGCCGGUAUUCACCACUAGGGACAAUGGAAAAACUGUGUUGGAAAUCCCGGAAAGCUUCUACACGGAUCGCUAUAAGGCUGAGGCCGACCAGGUGGGCAAUCGAUUCUCCAAAAAUGUGGAUGUAAGGAUUCCGGUUCAGGAAUUGGCUUCGAUUCCCAACCUGGACUUUGCCAAGCCUCUGGGCCCCAAGAAGCAAUUCUCCUUGUUCAACGAUCGCCAUCGGAAUAUUGCCAGCGAGCUGAUCACCCUUUUCAUGAACGCCCCGAAUCUCAGGCAGUUUGUCUCCCUCUCCGUUUUUUGCAAGGACCGUCUUAAUCCUAUGCUAUUCCAAUACGCAUACGCCGUGGCCAUUGCUCAUCGCAAGGACACCACCGAAGUUCCCAUCACCAACAUUUCCCAGGUUUUCCCCAGCAACUUUGUAGAGCCCUCCACUCUCAAGGAUGGCCGCCAGGAGGGAACAGUUUUUGGAGAGAGCGGGGACCGAGUUCCCGUGCCCAUUCCCCGUGACUACACGGCCUCGGAUGUCGAGGACGAACACCGCAUGGCUUACUUCCGGGAGGAUAUCGGAGUGAACAGCCAUCACUGGCACUGGCACUUGGUCUACCCCACCACAGGACCCUAUGAAGUUGUCAACAAGGAUCGUCGCGGCGAGCUCUUCUACUAUAUGCACCAGCAGAUCCUGGCCCGAUAUAACGCGGAACGUUUCUCCAACAACCUGAAGCGCAUACAGCCACUGACCAACCUCCAUAACGAGCUGUUUGAGGGCUACUUCCCCAAGAUCCUGUCCAGCUUAAAUAACCGUACCUAUCCUGGUCGAGCCUCGGGCCAACUGCUCAAGGAUGUGGAUCGUGAGGAUACCAAGAUCACCAUUGAUGAAGUUCUGCGCUGGCGGAACAGGAUCAUGGAUGUCAUCGAUCAGGGCUAUGUCGAGGAUCCCUCUGGCCAGAGGAUUCCAUUGGACGAGGUCCGGGGCAUCGAUAUUCUGGGCAACAUGAUCGAAGCCUCUCCAGUUCUCUCCGUGAACAUGCAGUUGUAUGGAAAUCUGCACAACCAGGGACAUAAUAUCAUAUCCUUUGCCCAUGACCCCGAUGGUCGGCAUCUGGAGGAGUUCGGCGUGAUGGGCGAUGUCACCACAGCCAUGAGGGAUCCGAUCUUCUACAGAUGGCACGGAUUCAUUAACUCGAUUUUCACCAAGUUCAAGAGCCUUCUGAACCCCUACAAUGCCGAUCAGCUGGGCUUUGAGGGUAUUUCCGUUGAUUACAUUGAGGCCAAGAUCGACAAGAAAGGCACAUCUCCUAACCGAUUGGCCACCUAUUGGCAGAACUCCACUGUGGAUCUGACUGCUGGCUUGGACUUUAGCUCGGCCACCAAUGUCUUGGCCUCGUUUAAUCAUCUACAGAAUGCCCCCUUCACCUACACUUUCAAUGUCACCAAUAAUGGCGCUAAGAGAACUGGAACUUGCCGCAUUUUCCUUUGCCCGAAGGUGGAUGAGCGGAACAUGCCCCUGAGAUUGGAGGAACAGCGACAAAUGGCCAUCGAAAUGGACAAGUUCACGGUGGAUUUGGUGCCCGGUGUGAAUACCAUACGCCGCCAGUCGUCGGAGUCCUCGGUGGCCAUUCCCUUUGAGCGCUCGUUCCGGCCAGUGGGUGCGAAUUACCAACCCCAGGCAGCCGAUGAACUGGCCCGAUUCCGGUUCUGUGGCUGCGGAUGGCCACAGCAUCUCCUGCUUCCCAAGGGCACUACCCAGGGCAUGGCCUUUGACUUGUUCGUCAUGAUUUCCGACUACUCGCAGGACUCGGUGAAGCAGCCCAACACACCCAAUGAUGCCUGCAGCACGGCGUACUCGUUCUGCGGCCUGAAGGACAAGCUGUAUCCUGACAGACGCGCCAUGGGCUUCCCCUUCGACCGCCGGCUGCCGAAUACGUAUUUGACUGAAAUGGUGGAUGCCUUCGGAAACAUGGCCAGGACCGAUGUGAAGAUUCAGUAUACGGACAUAACAGUUGUGAAGUAAUUUGAAAUUUUUUCAAAUUACUUAAAACGAUUGAAGGACUGGGAUAGAUCAAAAGGACUAGCUCUUGGAAAAUGAAACUCUAUUAUUUUCAACUAAACUAAGUGCAUCUCAUAAUAUAGUGUUAUCGUGGUCUUGUUUAUGCUUUAUAUUAAUAAACCAUAUUCUGCUAAAAUUAUAA